AGCUCGAGUCCUUCCGCAAUCAUUCCCCUCCCUGGCCCACACGUCAAUAACUCGGCAGUCAGCAACCAGGGUCUCCUCCAUCACCCAUACAUACAGCCUGUCGUAGACACACACUCAGGGUAAACAAGACAGGAGGACCCUUAGAGCUCGAAUGCAACUUGACAUCUUCAUUGUCAUUCGUUGCGUUUCGUACUCAUCGAUUAUUGAUGCCCGUAUUCAGCUUUAUCCCAUUGCUAUCAACCUUAAAUACACUAUAGCUUACUUCGAAAGCUAUUUGUGUAGACUUUAGUUCUCUUGUAGUCACGUCUGUCAUUUACUGGGCCAAUCUCAACGUCAACCGUCACUCCUUCAUCGGCUUCACGCUUCAAUUGUCAUGUCCGAAAAAGGUUACUAUGGGGGAGACCAAAGACUUGUGAUAGUGGGAUGCGGCGGUGUUGGUAAAACUGCCAUCACAAUCCGUUUCGUGACCUCCCAAUUUUACGAUCAAGAAUACAACCCAACCAUCGAAGACUCAUACAGAAAGCAAGUGGUAGUUGAUAACGAAGCAACAACCUUGGAGAUCCUAGACACUGCCGGCCAAGAGGAAUACGCCGCCAUGGCCGAUCAAUGGUACACAUUCGGCUCGGGCUUUCUGCUCGUGUAUUCUUUGACAGACCGCUCAUCAUUUGAGGAGAUAAAGAACUUCCACAGGGAAAUAUUAAGAGUGAAAGAUAGAAAUUACGUGCCAUGUGUAAUAGUCUGCAAUAAGUGUGACCUGCAAAAGUAUCGAUCAGUUGGCCAGCUCGAGGGCCGUGAGCUCGCGCGGUCCGUACACGCUCCAUUUAUAGAGUGUUCGGCAGCAGAACGAGUGAACGUAGAUGUAGCAUUCAACGAAUUGAUCAAGCUCGUGCGGAAGGACGAACAACGGAUAUCUCUAGCUGCUCGAAAGCUUCUCGAAGGCCCAUUUCUCUCACCACCUCAACCACCGCGACCAAAACAAAUAAAACAAAUGAAGGAGAAGGAUAAGUCGGGCCAUAAUCGAAGGCAGAGGGAGAAAAACAGUGACGAUGUUCCAUUUUGCAACGAUUGUACUGUCAUGUAAGGAUGCCGCGAAAUUACAGCAGCCCUCGACGAUCUGCGUUUGACGGUCAAAAUAUCUUCAUUACGAAUCAGGCGCUGAAUGACUUACGAUAGUAGGGGCAUCGGUACCAGUCGAUGUCCUGGUUAUCUCUCGCCAGUAUAAUCGGUCAUUGGGUUCUUCCUCUGACCCGACUUCUGACCCUGUAUCGUAUCAACCAUCAAUUAUGUGCCU